AUAGUGGGCUAGAUGGACCUUUGGUCUGACCCAGUACAGACGUUCUUAUGUUCAGAAUGGUCCCAACUGCCAGUGUACGUUCCUUCCAUCAGGCCUUCUCCCCACACAAUUCCAAAGAAACAAUCUUGGGCGGGCUACCAUGAGCCAAGAAAUCUCAUUUCCUGCAAUUCUUAUACAAUUUUAUAUCAGUCCAGCUGGUGUUAUUUCCUUUUCUGAUCCUUUUCUGUAUUUUUCUUGGAAUGUAAGAUUGUUUUUGCAAAAAGAGUUCUAAAAAUCCUUGACCUUAACUCCAUGCUUCGGUAUUCAUACCAGGCCUCAAUUAUAUAUAUCUCAACAUCUCUAUGAUUCUGCACUGACCUAGAGAGGAAAUGGUUGAGCCAUGAUCCCUGACCUGGCAAUUGUGAGAAUGGGAAAUGUGACCAAAAGUGGCCGUUUCCCCGGAAAGGUAUGAUGACAUUUCCUAUCACUAUAAACUGUUCUGAUGGCAAGGAGUAGAACCGAGACAUCUGCAGCCAUGUGGCCACACAGCUCCUACCACAAAUGGGAAAGCUCUGAGCAGGUGGAACUGGCAGUACAGGGAGAAAGCAGCGCACCUGGAAGAGCCGGUAAAGCUCUUUGCCUCUCCAACUCCACCGAAGGGAAGGCCAAUGCGAUCCUGUAUGUCCUGCUGGCGAUUUGCAUUGCAGUGGCCACAGCUCUCACUGUGGUGAAACUUCAGAAAUUGUCCCAGGGUCUUGCUGAAGCCCAGGUGGAUCGAGAUACAAUAAGAAGAGAUGCCCAGAGAAAUCUGUCACUUCACCAGAACUAUCUAGAGUCGAAGAUGUCCAAAGAAUUCAACGUGUGUAACAGUCGACUUCUUAAUGUGUCCAAGGGUCUUGCCGAAGCCCAGCUGGAUCGAGAUACGAUAAGAAGAGAUGCCCAGAGAAAUCUAUCAGAUCUCCAGGACUAUCUAGAGUCGAAGAUGUCCAAAGAAUUCAACGUGUGUAACAGUCGACUUCUUAAUGUGUCCAAGGAGGUGGCUGGUGUUAGGCUGGGGAUUGAGGAGAAAGACCGAUCACAUCUCCAGGAAGCCACAGAGAUAAGGAACCUAACGCACAGUAUGUCGAAGGAGCUGGCUGAGGUGAAAAGGGACCAUGACAGACUCCAGGAGGUCUUGGGCAGGGUGCAGGAGGAGUUACGGAACCUCAAAGGUAAAGAGGCGCCGGGCAGGGCUGUGAGGCCUGUGACAGCAUUAACCUCAAAUGCCCAGAAUCAGUGAAAGGCAACAGGGAACAGUACGUUCGACUAUCAUGUUCUCAAUAUGGCCUGUGCAGCUUCCCCUGCACUGAAACUGACCACAUCUCCCCAGCUGAGAGUCCCCAAUGGCUGUAGAGCCAGUACAGAUGUCUCCAAUGGCACCCUCCUGUCUGGCCCUGAUUCUCUCAUUGGUUCUAUGCCUUGGGCACCAGAGUUCAGGCAGAGCCAGCGAGAGACUCGGGGAACCAUAACCCAUUCCCUGGUACCUGCCCUCCACUCAAUGGAAAC